AUGUCUGCCAUAUUAUGUCCCACCUUGUCUUCACGGUGCUUCGGAGAACAAGAAGGUGCUUGUCGGAGUCAACCGACGGAAAGGAAUCACAGGUGCACUAAAAAGUGUUACGGAAACACAACAAUCGAUUACAAAGAAGACCACAGAUACACCAGCGACGCGUACUACAUUAUACCAGAAAGCAUUCAAGAAGACGUUUUGACGUACGGUCCGGUAGAAGCGUCUUUUGAAGUCUACGACGAUUUCGUCACAUACAAAUCGGGUGUCUAUGAAAAAUCGGCAGAUACUUUGUACUUAGGAGGUCAUUCCGUAAAAUUGAUCGGAUGGGGCGUGGAAAAUGGAAUUCCAUACUGGCUCUGGGUAAACUCGUGGAAUGAAAACUGGGAAGAUCAGGGAACGUUCAAGAUCCGAAGAGGCACAAACGAAUGUGAUAUCGACAGCUGGGUGACAGGCGGUGUGCCCGUUACUGACUAA